AUGGUGGGCAGCGCGUCGAUCGAGGUGUUUUGCGAGGUCAUCCCGCCGUUCCACCUGAUGCCGCGCAGCAGCCUGGAGGCGGCCUGCAACGCGGUGCUGGGGGGCCUGGUGCGCAGCCUGCUGCCAAUAUUCAUGAGGCAGCUCGCCGCAGACUACAAGCGCUGGGCGGCGGACGAGGGCUACCGGCGUGAGCGCGCGGCGCGCAGCAAGCCGAUGGCGUGA